AUGGGUUCGCUCGGCAGCUUCCUCGUUGUAUACAUCUUCGGGGGCCUCACAUUUAUCCCGCUGGUCCUUUCGCUGAUCUUCCUCUAUGCCUACCUGACCCUCCCGAACGCCCCUUCUCCCGACCAACUCUACGAACAAGCUACCGACGUGCUGCGUCAGCCUACCGAUGAUGAGCAUAGCCUGAAGUCUGGUACUGACCAGCUCGCCGAGAAGUUCCAUCGCACUCAUGAUUCUGAAGUCGCUACUGGUAAAUGGAAAGCCCCCGGAGAGGACGACGCCUGCGGGGAGGUCGUUGCUGCUGAAAGCCCCAGCGUCUAUCAGGCUAUGUACCGGAGUUUGUUCGACAGGAAGCAAGCGCCGAGCAUUGAGCCGGCGAAAUCGAACGGGAAGAAUAUCAAACGCGCGCGGAACGUGUUCUACAUUGUCCUUCGGAUUGGCGCUGCCACAAGACAUGGCCACUUGAUGCUUUACGACGAUGCGAAUCAAGUUGAAGUUCGCUAUGUCAUCUCCCUCUCUCAUCACGACGUUACAAUCCAAGGCAGCGAAGGGGAUAUCCCUGAGGGCGAAUUGUGGAUCAAGCGCAAUGCUAUCUGUCUCUCGCGGCGACUGGAUUCGCUCGGAGACCUAGGUGGCCCGACGCCACCCUUCUUUUUGUUUUCUGAAAACUUGUCGGAAAAGGAGGAUUUCUAUCUGGCAAUGCUCCGGAAUCAGUCAAAGCUUUGGAAUUCGGCGGACCGGCCACCAAAGCGUCAGGAGUUUGACGUGAAGCAUAUCGUCUCGCUAGUUCAGCGCCUGCAUUCUUCAGAGGAGCAAUUGCAGACAAGAUGGAUCAAUGCUUUCUUUGGCCGCCUGUUCCUUGCCUUGUACCGAACACCCGAGUUGGAGGAGUUUGUGCGAAGCAAGAUUGCCAAAAAGAUCUCGCGCGUAAACAAACCGAACUUCAUUAGCAAGGUUGGCCUGCAGAGGAUUGAUAUGGGUGAAGGUGCUCCUUUCCUCACGAACCCCCGGUUGAAGGACCUGACCGUCGACGGAAAUUGCUGCAUCGAGGCAGAUGUUCAAUACUCGGGCAAUUUCCGCGUGGAGAUCUCGGCCACGGUGCGCAUUGAUCUGGGUCAGCGAUUCAAGGCGAGGGAGGUAGAUAUCGUGUUGGCCGUGGUUUUGAAGAAGCUGGAGGGCCAUCUGCUGAUCCGGUUCAAGCCCCCUCCUAGCAAUCGAUUUUGGAUGUCCUUUGAGACCAUGCCGAGAAUUGAGAUGGAUAUUCAACCCAUUGUCAGCUCGAAGCAGAUCACCUUCAGUCCUAUCCUGCGCACUAUCGAGAGUAAGAUUCGAGAAGUGGUGGCCGAGAGCAUCGUUUUGCCGUUCUGGGACGACGUCCCAUUCAUGGAUACUCGCGACCAGGCCUUCCGUGGAGGUAUCUGGCAGCGCGAGACUCCCGAACCCAAUACCGAGGUGGACAUAACUGAUGAAGUGGGCGACGGGCCGGCGACGCCUAAGAGCCUUGGUGGAGAACCGUCACUCGAAGCUCUCAGGUCCAAGGACGACCGAACAAUGAGCAUGCCUGUUCUUUCCGAGUCGAAUCCCGCCAAAGCCAAAGUUAAAUCCCGCAAGGGCUUGAAGCCAUCGGUUUCGGACUUGCCGAACGUGUCAACCGCUGCUGCUACCGGUGUCGAGAGAUCUGAGAGCAUGCCAUUACCCCGUGCCAUCCGAUCUCAGACCUUCUCACACGCUGCCGACCCGGUGGUUACGACCGAUAAUGCCAAUCAAGUGGUGACAGAGCCUAAGACUGACGAGAAGACCAGUGCUACUAGUGCCAUGAUUGAAAUCUCAAAGCGCUCCCCGCCUGCGUCGCCGAACCGGACACCAAGCAACUCUCCACCCAGUGGAGGCAUCAUGAUGCCGGAGAAUGCAAUUCACAGUCGAGGAUCCUCCAUUGCUGAUUCCAUCGAUGGCCUCAGCUUCUACGGCGAUCAUGGCAUCCGAAGCUCAUCGUCUGCUCGUUUGGACAAUAAAUCCUUAUCUGGACCCCGAAGCUCCCGAGGAAGCUCUACCACUUCCCUUGGUAGCGAUAAACCCCGUCGGCGGAGCACUAUCGAGACAUUGACCAAGUCGCUCACGUCCAACAUGCAGUCUGACGAGAAGUCCAUCGGAAACAUGACUAUUGGGUCAGCAACUGCUGCCGCGAAGAAGUGGAGUUGGAGUGUGUUUGGCAAAAACGACUUGAACACCGACGAGACAUCCCGGACCCCGACAGGGGCCUUGAACGAACCCAUCGGCCGUGGACAUCCACAUCCUCCGCCGGGAGCGCCUCUACCACGGCCUGACAAGUAUGCCUUGAAACGCAAUUCAGGGACUUUGCCCAAGCGCAAACCCGUGGGAGUACCACCAUCUUUACCCGAAAAGUCUACCACGAGCGACACUCGACCUUUUCCUCCGCUUCCUCUGCCUCGUAGGAAACCCAUUCCCCAGCCUCUCCACAUCGAAAGCACUCCCGACGAUGUGCUAGUUGUCCAAGCGCCACAUGAUUCUGCACCGGACAGUCCAGCUACUGGCGAGCUGGAACUGGAGGAGGCUUCAACUGGGCUGUCUGCCCGGGAGAGCGAGACCUCCAAAACCGAUACCUCUGGAGCGGAUCUGAAAUGGGACGACGAGGAAGAUGUCGAGUCUUUACCCCCGGGUAUCCGAGAACUAGGAGAUGAGCUAGUCCCGGUCCAGUCUGCAGCUUGUAUGGCUAUUUUGAUUGUUGGAGUUUGA